AUGGCGAUCAACGAGCCCACAGCCGUGCCAAGUUCCUCACGGAACGACAUUGAGAAAGAUGCCGUCCAUACAGAUCCUGGCUUCAUGUCCGAUACGAAACCCGACCUAAGCGAGCCCCAGCUCAAUGUUGGCGGUCAUGCCAACGUCCAGCGCCAGCUCAAGAGCGUUCAUGUCACGAUGAUUGGUUUCUGCUCGGGAAUCGGGACCGGCCUGUUCAUCGGGACGGGCGCAGCUUAUGCAAAAGCUGGACCCGCCGGACUGCUGAUCGCUUACUGUAUCGUCGGCUUUGUGCUCUACUGCGUGAUGCAAAGCAUCGCUGAGUUGGCGACCUUGAUCCCAACUGCUGGAAGCUUUCCGCACUGGGCGACCCGCUUUGUGGACCCGAGUGUUGGUUUCAGCCUGGCAAUCAGCUACGGAUAUUGUUAUACAAUCGCUAUCGCUAGCGAGGUUUCUGCGGCGGCGGUCAUUGUGAGCUACUGGACAGACAUCACGCCGGCAGUGGUUAUUACGGUUGGGUUGGUGUUGAUCCUAGCUAUCAACUUGCUCAGUGUCAAAUUCUACGGCCAUUCUGAGAUUUUCAGUGGCAUUAUCAAGGUCUCUUGCUUCCUCGGACUGGUCCUUGUGGGUAUAGUUAUUACCGCAGGUGGCGGGCCUGACGGUGAGCCCAUCGGGUUUAAAUAUUGGCAUAACCCUGGUGCUUUUACGAAUUACAAUGGCAUCACCGGAUCGACUGGCCACUUUCUUGGUGUGCUGUCCGCACUUGUCAACGCCUCAUUCAGCUUCAUCGGUGUCGAGACCGUUGUCAUCGCUGCCGCGGAAUCCGAACACCCUCACAGGGACAUCCCAAAGGCUGCGAAAAGAGUCACGUUUCGAAUCGGGUUGUUUUACAUUCUCGGCGCACUAUUGAUCGGUAUUAUUGUCGACCCGCGGAAUGCAGGCUUGACCAGCGGGGAAGGCAAUGCCAAGUCAAGUCCAUGGGUUAUCGCCAUCGAGCAGGCAGGCAUCAAGGCUUUGCCAAGCAUCGUCAACGCCUGCAUCUUGGUGUCGGCAUGGUCUGCCGGAAACUCAUAUUGUUGGGUUGGAAGCCGUAUCAUCCUGGCUAUGACGACGGACUACCAGCUCCCACAGGUGUUCGGCAAGACUUGGAAGAAUGGCGUCCCCUGGGUUGCCGUUAUUGCAGCUUGGCUCUUUGGCCCUCUUGCGUACCUUAGUCUGGGGAGUGGCGGUCCUGCCCAGGCCUUCACCUGGCUCCUCAACCUUUCCACUGUGGCAGGACUCAUCGCAUGGUCCACACUUUCUUUCUGCUAUAUUCGCUUCUAUGCUGCCAUGAAGGCACAGGGCGUGUCGAGAGACUCGUUACCGUGGGCGGCGCCAUUCCAACCCUAUGCAGCUUGGGUUGGGUUUAUUGGGUCGGCGAUCAUUACACUUGUUUCCGGGUUCCCUGUGUUUUUGAAGGGCAACUGGUCGACGUCGGAUUUCAUAGCGAGCUAUGUUGGGAUUCCCAUUUUUAUCCUUCCGAUUCUUGGCUGGAAGCUAUUCUAUAAGACAAAGUUUCUUCGCGCGAACGAGAUUGAUCUCUGGUCUGGACGGCUUUACGAUGAGAAGCAUAGUGGAAUUGAGCAAGAGAAGCCGCGAGGCAUUUGGAGGCGUUUUUGGAACUGGCUGGUGUGA